AUAAUUUGUUGGGUGCGCAUGAGCUGUAGUCCACUGAGACUGAGUGGCCAAAACUUGAUCAGGACCAUUUUUCUUUAACCCAAAAAAAAAAAGAGAAAAAAAAUGCAAACACGAUCAACUCUAAUUCUAUAUUUUGCCAAUGUUCAGUGAUAAUUAUAUGUAUAAUUUAGGAAUGGCUAACAAACUCUCCAAGCUUUAUGUGGGGGAUCAUGCACUGAGAUAUAACAAGAGGUUGUCAUCUUUCUCCUAAUUGUCGAAUUAAAUACGCAGAGAACUGAGUAAGACAUGCAAUAUUAGAUCUAGAGAAAGCAUGGAAGGAGUAGAAACGCCUUUCCUAAUUGGCAGAGAAAAGCUGGACAAUAAUAAUGGCCAAGGCAGUAGCUAUAACCAAGAUUCCUCGUCGCAGUCUCCGUUAACUUUCGCCGUCGUUCUUACCACUUUAGUUCUCUAUUGCGGUUCUUAUGCUGCUGGAAAUUCUAUGGGAUAUUCGUCUCCUGCUGAGUCUGGAAUUAUAAACGACCUUGGCCUUACUUUGCCACAGUAUUCAGUUUUUGUUUCAAUCGUUCUCGUUGGAAUGGUAUUUGGAGCAGUAUUGAGUGGGAAAACUGCGGAUGUUAUUGGAAGGAGAGGCACACUAGGAGUCGCAGAUUUGUUCAGCAUUACGGGGUGGCUUGCUAUAACAUUUUCGAAGGGUGCUUUGUGGCUUGAUGUUGGAAGAUUCUUACUGGGAUUUUCAAUUGGACUUUGUUCCUAUGCGGGACCCAUAUUUGUUGCCGAAAUCACCCCCCAGAAUGUGAGAGGAGCCUUAAUGUCGGUGGUAGCUUUGACAACAACUUUUGGCACUGCAGUUUUUUUCCUCAUAGGUCCUCUUGUCAACUGGCGAACCUUAUCGCUAAUAGGUAUAUAUGUGAGUUUACUUUCAGGGGUUGUUCCAUAUCUGUUACAGCUUCCAGGCCUGUUAAUGAUUCCUGAGUCUCCUAGAUGGCUGAUGAAAGUCGGUCGAGCUGAAGAGUGUGAAAAUGCCCUCCGCCGCCUUAGGGGAGAGAAGGCGGAUAUUUCCAAAGAGAAAGCUGAUAUCAAAGAUCACAUAGAGCAUUCUAAUAGGACCUCUGAAGAUGGAAUUCUAAGUGUAUUCCAGAGGAAGUAUGCACGCUGUCUCAUUAUUGGAAUAGGCCUUGUAGCGCUCCCACAGUUUGGAGGGUCCGGUGCGGUUUCUUUUUACACAAGUUCAAUAUUUCAAUCUGCAGGUUUUUCAAGUAGGUUUGGGAGUGUAGCCGUUGGAACAACUCAGGUUCUGACGGCAAUACUAGGAGUCUUGUUCAUAGAUAAGUUUGGAAGGAGACCACUUCUACUAAUAUCUGCAGUUGGAACAUGCUUGGGUAGCCUCCUUAUUGGACUGUCAUUCUUCUUGCAGGAUAAUCUUCACUUUUGGGAAAGGAAUUCUCCUGUUUUGUCGCUUAUUGGUGUAUUGGUGUACGUCGGCUUCUAUAGCCUAGGUUUGGCUGGAAUACCAUUGAUCAUCUCGUCAGAGAUAUUUCCUAUGAACGUAAAGGGUUCAGCUGGAAGUAUUAUAUACGUGAUACUCUAUUCUAGUAGUUGGGUCAUUUCCUACACUUACAACUUUAUGUUUCAAUGGAAUUCCGCAGGUACUUUUUUAAUAUUUGCUGCCAUUUCUGGUGGUACUAUUUUGUUCAUUUGGAAGAUGGUACCAGAAACCAAGGGGCGAACUCUGGAAGAAAUACAAGCAUCCAUUAUUCAUGAAUAGUCCCUCCCCACUAUUAAAAAUUACAUUUUGCAUUAUUGGGAUUCAAAUUUCUACUACAAAUAUUUAUGAUCAGAUUAAUAAUGA